GGAGUGUAGUCCUUAAUAGACCUUCAGUGUUCAUGGAACAGUGUAGUGGAUUUUAGUUCAUUCUGUUGGAUUUUCAAAAUAUUUCAUAAUGAUUUUGUCAGCUGAGUACAGUCACGGACAAGACAAAAUGGGCACUACCUCUAUGAUGCCGACUUCAGUGCUCCAUUCUUCUCGACACAGCUUGUACACAGGCUAUCUCAUGGAGCCAUGGCACCACCCUCUACCUAUGAAACAAGAACCUGAGGAGGCAAACAACGACUCAGGUAUUUACCCGAACAACUACAACAGUGACGGCAGUCUCCAGAACACCUCCCCUCGGUCUGAGGACUCCGGCCACGCAGGUGACUCCCAGACCAACGCCACUCUUGGAGUUCUCGCCCGUCCUAUCAUGGAGGCUCCAGGAAGUCCGAGUGUCUCUGGACCUAUGGGCGAAAGCCCUCGUGGACUCUCUCCAAGAAUUUCACCUCAAAGUUCUCCUCAGCUGCGUCUUUCGCCCCAGCAACCUUCGCCUCAGCAGAGACUUUCGCCUCAGCACCCUCUAGGAUUCCAAUCGCCUCAAAGAUUCUCUCCGCAGCAGUCUGCGUCCUUCAGUACUCCAGUCGCUGCUCACUCUCCCAGCGCUCCUCAGCCUCCCAAGGAUGAGAGCAGCCGAUCUCCUGUAUCCUCGGAUGACUUGUACUAUGAGGACCCUCUAAGAGGACUACAGAUGGCUCUGCAGAGACGAGGGAUGAUUGGACCAGUGGCUGAACAACCGGUCAAUGGGGAGAAGCCGCUACAAUGCCCCCUCUGCCAGUUCUCUACUACCAUCAGGAGUGCUUUCAAUAACCACUUGAUGAGCGAACACAGUGAACAAGCGAGCUGCCACCUCUGUGACCACACUGCUGAGAACCACGGGAAGCUGCGAGAGCAUCUGCAGAUGGAACAUGACCUCCAGUUAGGACCAGAGGAUGAGCUGGGUGCCUGGGGUGAGGAUGAUGAACCUGGAGUCACUACGCCCAAAGUCAACUCCCAGGGCAAAGUCAAGACCUACCGUUGCAAGCAAUGUGAGUUCAGCACCGUCACAAAACUUGAGUUCUGGGAACACACCCGAGGACAUAUCAAACCCGAAAGACUCCUGACAUGUCCCAAGUGUCCUUUUGUCACAGAGUACAAACACCAUUUGGAAUACCACCUGAGAAACCACUUUGGCUCCAAACCGUUCAAGUGUGAUAAAUGCUCAUACUCGUGUGUCAACAAAUCAAUGCUCAACUCCCACCUUAAAUCUCACAGUAAUGUGUAUCAGUUUAGAUGCGCCGAUUGUGCGUACGCCACCAAAUACUGUCAUAGUCUGAAACUUCAUCUGAGGAAAUACAACCACAGUCCUGCCAUGGUCCUGAACCCUGACGGUUCUCCAAAUCCUCUCCCGAUAGUUGAUGUUUAUGGAACGAGAAGAGGUCCCAAGCGUCCGAAGAAACCUGAAGAUCUGCCUUCUCCUCAACAGUCUUCUCUGCCUUCUCUUCAUCCCAUGUUUUCUAAUCCGUAUGGCUUCCUUCCUAGUCAAGCAAUCCCAUACCCUUACAACACCAUAAUGAACACCUUCCACCGUAAUCCACUCCUAACCUUCCCAAACAAUAAUCCGAUCGUGCAAGAAAACACAGCCCCACCAAAAUCAGAACAAGACAAAAGUUUCUUCAAUGCCACCAUCAAUACCAUCCAGCAAUCAGCCAUGAACAACAAUCAAGAGGGUGUGAAGGAGUAUUUGACCAGAGUCAUUACGACACAGCAAGAAAUAAUUGCAAGGACAGAGAACACACAGGAAGAGCCAUCCAAAGCUUGUCCAGGAGCACCUCUCGACUUGAGCCGACCAGAGCCCGAGCAACAAGAACCGCUCUUGGAGUCUUCUGGUGACCAAUCACUGGCAGAUCCUUUAACAACAACCAAGAACAGAAGGAAAGGUAAAGCGUUCAAGUUGGAGAGAAUAGCUCAGCGUCUUCAACAACAGAGUUCUGAUGAAGAAGACGGCGAGAGGAGUCCCAAGAGGCAUAGAUUUGACCAUUCACCCGAACACAUUCAAGAUAAGACUGAAGAAUCUGUCCAAGAGAACUCCUGCAUCGAAGGUGACAAGGCCACUACCAAUGUCAACUUCUGCGAGCCUGUCAAUGGAGAGUUCCGAUCGACCAUUUCAGAAGAGCGUAAAGAACGUUGGAGGAACGUAAAGGAGGUUUAUGACUGUGCGUAUUGCGACAUGUUGUUUGGGGAUGUUGUCAUGUACACAAUGCACAUGGGCUAUCACGGAUACCAAAACCCUUAUACUUGUAAUAUGUGUGGUCAUCAGACAACUGAUAAAGUUCAAUUUUUCCUUCAUUUGUUCCGCUUUGCUCAUGGUUAGAGAGGUUUGCUACAGUUGUAAACCCUCGGAAGAGAUUUUAUUUUAGCCGAUCUUAA